AGUAAGCCCUGGCUGCAGCCUGCAGAAUGGGUCAUCGUAGUGGAAUGCUUUGAUUGCAGAGGAAUGUGAACACGCUGUGGAAUGUUAACCCCGCCCAUGCUGAGCCCGUCUGCUGUGGAAUGUUAACCCCGCCCACGUUGAGCCCGUGCCUUUGAUUCACCUGCGUCAGUGCAGUUGUGAUUGCAGGAAAGGGGAAGAAUCAGUGGAGCACAUUUUGUGUCAUUGGUAAUUGUAUGAGGAAGGAAGAGAACAGAGGGGAGGAAAAUUUGAAUGGUGCAAUGUCAUACUCCAACACAAUAGGUGGCGGUAAUGCAUUUCGUCGUUGUUGCCGGCCGCCAUUUUAAAUACAAGAAGAAGACGACGAAGUCAGUGCUGUUUUUCUUCUGUUUCCACGCGCAGAGAGACACUUUGAAAAUGGAGGAACACAUCCAAAAAAAACGAGACACGUUACAGUUUUAAUCGACGGCGACAAGCCAACGCCGAUAAAACAAAACAACGUCUUCUCAUGUCCAUUUUGCUGUUGCAAGAUGGAUGCAGAGCAUGCAAUGGCCCUCCACAUGGAAACUCAUUCUUCUGUGAAACACAAAGACACAUUGCACACCUCCUCUCCCCUGGACCCUGGAGGGCACUUGGCAGAAAUGAUAUUCCGGGUCUGGCGAAGCAAGGGUGCUCGAACAACUGUGGCGUGUUUGUCAUAAUGUACGCUCUGUACAUUGUCACGGGAACUAAGUGCGAUUUCAGUGAGGAAAACAUGAAGCAAAUUAGGAGACGGUGGUGUCUGUACCUAAUAACAAACUUUCCAAUGCCGUCUGAAGAAGAAGGAAUGCAGGCCAGAAAAAGGCGUCGGGAGGAGCGGAAACUCCAGGAGGAAGGUGCUUCAAUAAAAAAGAUGCAUUCUGAAUCCAUCUCAGAAGGGGAAGGUGACAUGACAAGCAGUGGGACAGGAAGGAAUGAAGAAGAUGCUUUACUGCACGGCACCAUUGAAGCAGCCAAAUGGUGCCAGUUGCAGUCCUUUCAAGGAAGAUGUUCCCUGCCAGAUGUUUUGAAGGUGGAUCAAGAACAACAGAAGGAUAUUCUUAAAGAGCUGCAAACCUGCUCCCUCAUGAGCGAAGAUGAGAGAUUGAUGGAACUGAGGGAGCUUUUCACUUUUUCUUUCCAGUUUUUCAGCCACUUUGAGGCCUUUUGUUCUGAAAUUAUGGACAAUAAAAAUUAAAGGUCUAUGUUUGUUUUGAGGAACAAUAAAUCCCAGUGUCUGCUGUA